CAAAGAAAGAAGAGAUGCACCAGAAACUGAAGACUUCGACGAAGAAGUUUCUGAUGUCGUUAAACGGGCUUCAGGUCCUCCGUCCGUCGAUUCAAUGGCUAAUGACUUUGAAAAAGGGUUGGGCUCCUGGUGGCAGGAAAAAAGCGACAAAUUUGAUUGGACAAGACAUAAGGGAAGUACUACAUCAUCCCAAACUGGRCCUUCCGGUGAUCACACCAGCGGUUCAGGGUAUUACUUGUACAUUGAGACGUCAUAUCCCAGAGUAAAAGGGGAUGUUGCAAAGCUUAAGUUCAAAGGAAUGACCAAAGCAAGUAGUGUUUGCAUGUCACUCUAUUACCACAUGUAUGGCAGCGCUAUGGGCACCCUUAACAUCUACAACAACAAUAAAAAAAUCUUCACAAAGUCUGGUAAUCAGGGUAAUUCGUGGCAUAAGGCUGAACUAGACCUUCCUGGACCAUUCAUCGAUAUUGUUAUCGAGGGAAUCACUGGCUCCUCGUACACGAGUGACAUCGCUAUUGACGAUAUUUCAAUCGCAAAACGUGCAUGCAACGCUCCCACCCCAUCACAACCACCACCACCACCACCUCAACCAGGACAGUGCGGAGUAUCGCCAAUGUCACGUGUUAUUGGAGGAGUGGAUGCUAAGCCAGGAAGCUGGCCAUGGCAGAUUGGUCUUCAUCGCAGUGGACGCUUCAUCUGCGGAGGUUCUCUAAUUCACCGACAAUGGAUUGUCACGGCUGCUCAUUGCGUUACACAAAGCAGUCCAAGUUUGUACACAAUUCGYCUGGGAGAUCACAACCGUAAUGUCAACGAAGGCACAGAAGAGGAAAUCAAAGCAAUAAGAGUCAUUUCUCAUCCAAAUUAUAACAAUCCAAGACUCAAUAACGACAUCGCUUUGAUUCAACUUGCCAGACCAGCAACGCUCAACAGUCAUGUUGGUCUCGUGUGCUUGCCUGAUCAAGAUUAUGUUCUUCCUGCGGGUUCCAACUGUUACAUCACAGGUUGGGGCAAGAUCAAACACCCUGGCGGAUCUCAUCAUAUUCUCCAACAAGCACAGAUGCCUCCUGUCACCCUGGCUGAAUGUAAGAAGAAGAAUGGUAACAUUGGAAUCCAAGUCAAUGACAACAUGAUCUGUGCAACCAAGCGUAAUACGAUCAUAAGCGGUUGUCAUGGUGACAGUGGUGGUCCAUACGUGUGUAAGAACAGCGCUGGUCGAUGGGUACUGCAGGGUGAUGUCAGCUGGGGGUCUUCCAGUUGUAACAUCAACCAAUUGUACACAGUCUUUGGAAGAGUGGCCAAAUUCAGAAACUGGAUCAAUUCAUACAUUGGAGCAGUUCCAACUGCUCCACCGUCGCCUCCACCACCAUCGACUCCACCGUCGCCCCCACCACCAUCAACUCCUCCAACACCACCUCUGCCAGGAUCGUGUGGAUCGAAGCCAUCAAUGACCCGCAUAGUUGGAGGAACACAGGCCAAAGUGCAUGCUUGGCCAUGGCAGACCAUGCUUACCAGCUCAAGUGGUCGUCAAUUCUGUGGAGGUUCCCUCGUCCAUCCUCAGUUCGUUGUAACAGCAGCACAUUGUAUAGUCAGGCAAACACCGUCCACCAUGAAAGUGAAACUUGGAGCUCACUACAGAGUCAGUGGAUCUACGGGAAAAGAACAGAUUAUCAAUGUUGCCCAGAUAUUCGCUCACCCUCAAUACCACAAACCCAAGCAAUACAGUAACGACAUCGCGGUCCUUAAACUGGCUCGUCCUGCUGUCUUGAAUAAUGCUGUUGGAACCGUCUGUAUGCCAGAUGGCAAAUUCCCUCUUCCUUUUGAUGACCUGAACAAGAAAUGUUUUAUCACUGGAUGGGGUACGCUAGCAUCUGGAGGUUCUCAGCCAAACGCAUUGAUGCAAGCAUCAGUUCCYCUUGUAUCAAACAAACGAUGCAAUGCCCCAGCAGCAUAUGGUGGAAAGAUUSRCGAUUCCAUGUUGUGUGCGGGAUUAGAUGCAGGUGGUGUUGACGCAUGUCAAGGUGAUUCUGGAGGACCGCUGGUCUGUGAGUUCAACGGGCGCUGGUACCUGGAGGGAGCAACCAGUUGGGGAUACGGAUGUGCUCGUCCAAACAAGUACGGCGUCUACGCUCUUGUGCGAUACAACCAAAAGUGGGUAGAAACGAUCGUUCAGACAGGUGCACCACCACCAACUACACCACCACCCACUGUCGCACCAGGAGACAUGUCAACUGAUUUCACAACAUUUGGAAACUGGCAACAGGACAAAAGUGACAAGUUUGACUGGACAUUGAGAAGUGGAGGCACACCMUCUUCAAGCACUGGACCUAGUGUUGAUGUAAGUGGAUCAGGAAAUUACGCUUACAUCGAAACAUCAAGCCCACGUGUGAAUGGCGACAAUGCGAAACUGGUCUUCAGAGGAUCUUACAGUGGAGCCAUGUGUAUGACCUUCUUUUACCACAUGUAUGGAUCAACUAUCAACACACUGAGGGUCUUCAGUAAUAACAUAAAAGUCUUUGAAAAGACAGGAAACCAAGGAAACGUCUGGUACAACACAUCCGUAACCUUGAAUGGAAAUACAAAUGUCGUUAUUGAAGCUGUUGCCGGCAGUUCUUAUACAGGAGAUAUCGCCAUUGAUAACAUCAGUGUUGUUAAGAGAGCUUGUGGUUCUCAGCCAACGCCUCCUCCGCCAUCUACACCUCCAACUCCUGCUACAACCACACCCAUGCCGGUAUCAAAUAGCAUGGACACGGACUUUCAGACUGAUCUUGGAAACUGGAAACAAGAUACGAGCGAUAACUUUGACUGGACUUUGAGAAGUGGUAGCACACCCUCUUUAGCCACUGGACCCACUAAUGGUCAAGGCGGUUCAGGAAAUUACGCUUACAUCGAAACAUCAAGCCCACGCAAGGAAGGUGACAAAGCUAGACUAGUCUUCAGAGGAUCUUACAGUGGAGACAUGUGCAUGAACUUCUUCUACCACAUGUAUGGAGCAACUAUCAAUACACUGAGGGUCUUCAGUAACAACAAAGAAGUCUUUGCAAAGAAUGGUACCCAAGGAAACGCCUGGAAAAAAGCAACCGUAACCUUGAAUGGAAAUACAAAUGUCGUUAUUGAAGCUGUGGCCGGAAGUUCUUAUACAGGAGAUAUCGCCAUUGAUUCUAUCACGAGUGUCAAGGGCGCAUGUGGUUGUCCAAAUGUUACACCAUCACCUCCACUGCCUACAGUUCCACCAACAAUACCUCCAGGUAUGACUACCGACUUCGAGAAAAAUCUUGGUCUCUGGCAACAAGACCGAAACGACAAGUUUGACUGGACAAGGAGAAGUGGAGGUACACCAUCAUACAACACCGGGCCCAGUAGUGGCCAAGGCGGGUCAGGUUAUUACGUGUAUAUCGAAACAUCAAGUCCACGUGUGAAUGGUGACAAAGCUAGMCUAGUCUUCAGAGGAUCUUACAGUGGAGCCAUGUGCAUGACUUUCUACUAUCACAUGUAUGGAGCAACUAUCAACACACUGAGGGUCUUAAGUAAUAACAACCUCGUCUUUACAAAGAAUGGUCAACAAGGAAACUCUUGGAAAAAAGCAUCCGUAACUUUGAAUGGAAAUAAAAAUGUUGUUAUUGAGGCCGUCAGUGGUUCAUCGUAUACUGGAGACAUCGCCAUUGACUCUAUCAGUGUUGCUUUGGGAAAAUGUGCUGUAUCGACACCACCACCUCCUCCCACAGGUUCUCCACCACCUCCAGGUUCAUGCGGCAGGAAGCCCGCAAUGUCUCGAAUCGUUGGAGGAAAACCGGCUAAACCACAUGAUUGGCCAUGGCAAGCAAUGCUAACCACCACAUCAGGGUUCGCGUUCUGUGGAGGUUCACUUGUGCACCCACAAUACGUCGUUACAGCAACUCACUGUGUAACAGGAAAAUCCCCUUCAUCAAUUCGUAUCAAACUUGGAGCUCACUACAGAGUUAGUGGAUCAACGGGAAAAGAACAGACUAUCAAUGUUGCCCAGAUAUUUACUCACCCUCAAUACCACAAACCCAAGCGAUACAGUAACGACAUCGCGGUCCUUAAACUGGCUCGUCCUGCUGUCUUGAAUAAUGCUGUCGGAACCGUCUGUAUGCCUGAUAAAAGCAUUCCUCUUCCUUUUGAUGACCUGAACAAGAAAUGUUUUAUCACUGGAUGGGGUACGCUAGCAUCUGGAGGUUCUCGGCCAAACGCAUUGAUGCAAGCAUCAGUUCCCCUUGUAUCAAACAAACGAUGCAAUGCCCCAGCAGCAUAUGGUGGRAAGAUUGGCGAUUCCAUGUUGUGUGCGGGAUUAGAUGCAGGUGGUGUUGACGCAUGUCAAGGUGAUUCUGGAGGACCGCUGGUCUGYGAGUUCAACGGGCGCUGGUACCUGGAGGGAGCAACCAGUUGGGGAUACGGCUGUGCUCGUCCAAACAAGUACGGCGUCUACGCUCUWGUGCGAUACAACUUGAACUGGGUUCAACAAAAAAUCAAUGGGGUUUGACUCAGGACAAAGCCGUGAACAUAACGGAUAAAGUCAAAACACAGUUGUAGUAAUAGAAGAUAGAGUAGACUCAUAAUAAAGAGAUUGCAACAUCAAAAA